AUGGCUCAAAACGCCCGGGGCGGGCCCGACCAAAGGGGGUGGGACGCACGUUUGUUCCUCCAUUUCACUUCGUCCGCUCUCUCCUCUGCUUUUGUCUAUUGCUGCUGGCUGCUCUGUCCGCUGCACGGCCUGAUUGCUUUUCGUGGUGGACUCACUCUGUGUGGUCUCGUGCAGUACCGAGGGCGUGGUGGCUCCAUUGCUGCACGGGCCUUGCUGUUCCAAGGGGAGGCAGCAGAGGGAGGAGGCGCAUGGACGGGCGGCAGUGGGAUUGACUAA